AUGUUCAAAAACAGCUUUAACGUGUCUAAAAGAAGUCUGGCAAGCGUGGCCGCCGAGCAAUUGCUGCCCAAGAAGUACGGGGGUCGCUACACGGUGACUUUGAUCCCAGGAGACGGUGUGGGUAAAGAAGUGACAGACUCCGUGGUGUCGAUUUUCAAAGCUGAAAACGUACCAGUGGACUGGGAAACCGUGGAGGUGUCCGGCUUGGAGAGCCAGGAAGGUGUGCAAACGGCAGUGGAGUCCCUCAAGAGAAACAAGGUGGGUUUGAAGGGUAUCUGGCACACACCCGUGGACCAAACGGGCCACGGAUCUCUAAACGUUGCGUUCCGUAAGCAGCUAGACAUUUUCGCCAACGUGGCGCUAUUCAAGAGCGUUCCCGGUGUGAAAACCCGCCAUUCCGGCGUGGACCUUGUGGUGAUCAGAGAAAACACCGAAGGUGAGUAUUCCGGUCUAGAACACGAGUCCGUGCCAGGUGUUGUCGAAUCGCUCAAAAUCAUGACCAAGGCCAAAUCCGAACGUAUUGGCCGUUUUGCAUUCGACUUUGCCCUCAAGAACAACAGAAAGUCCGUCACUGCGGUCCACAAGGCCAACAUUAUGAAGCUAGGUGACGGUUUGUUCAGAAACUGCAUCAACGAGGUUGGAGCCAAGGAAUACCCUGAAGUCGAAGUGAAAAACAUCAUUGUCGACAACGCCUCCAUGCAGGCCGCCGCCAAGCCUCAGCAAUUCGAUGUUCUUGUCACCCCCAACUUGUACGGUUCUAUUCUAGGAAACAUCGGUGCUGCUCUUAUCGGUGGUCCCGGUCUGGUCCCAGGUGCCAACUUUGGCAGAGAGUACGCUGUCUUCGAACCUGGUUCCAGACACGUUGGUCUAGACAUCGAGGGUCAGAACGUCGCCAACCCUACCGCCAUGAUCUUGUCGUCCGCUUUGCUAUUGAGACAUCUAGGUCUAAACGCCUACGCUGACCGUAUUUCCAAGGCCACUUACGACGUUAUUGCUGACGGCAAGUCCACCACCAAGGACAUUGGUGGUUCUGCUUCUACCACCGCGUUCACCGAAGCCGUCAUUGAAAAAUUGAAGGCUCUUUAG